AUGGAAGGAUUAGAUGGAGUGGUGGCUAUCUUUCCCGAUAAAAAGAGACCUCUUCUUACAACAAAAUCGUGGGAUUUUAUUGGUUUUCCAAUGAAUGUUAAAAGAAACUCCUAUGAAUCUGAUGUCAUCAUUGGAGUAAUAGAUUCUGGAGUUUGUCCCCAAUCUGAGAGUUUUAAUGACAAAGGUUUUGGGCCACCACCAAAGAAAUGGAAGGGCGUUUGUGAAUCCUAUAAUUUCACUUGCAACAACAAAUUAGUUGGUGCUAUUGGUGUCUUGACGCAAGGUCAAGGUUUUAGAGAUGUUGCAGACUAUUUCCCUUUAGCUGGAAGUUACCUUCAACCAAAGGAUGCUUCUAGCAUACACAAAUACAUUCAUUCUGUAAGAACUCCCAUGGCAACAACAUUUAAGUCUCAUGAAUUAGAAAAUGCUUUGGCACCUGUAGUUGCAACCUUUUCAUCAAGAGGUCCAAAUCUAGUUACACCUGAUAUUCUUAAGCUGGACUUAAUUGCUCCAGGAGUUGAUAUCAUCGCUAGUUGGUCUCCGAUUAUUGUCAUAUUUUUGUUCCUUGUGUAA